ACCUGAAGAGAAGAGGAGAAAAGCCAGGAGGUGAGCUCACUGACUACGUCAUCAUACUAUCCAAUUCUCUAUUUAACUCUCGCUACUUUCAAUGCUAUACCUGAAGAGAAGGGGAGAAAAGCCAGCAGGGUUUUGGAAAAAAUUUAGUAACAGAGCUCAAUAAAGACAAAAAUGGCGGCAGGAGUGAGGAGAAUCAAGCUGGGACCACAAGGCCUAGAGGUGUCAGCCCAAGGCUUAGGUUGCAUGGGGAUGUCUUUUAGCUAUGGCCUUCCAAAACCCGAGCCAGAUAUGAUCAAGCUGAUCCACCAUGCCAUCAAUAGUGGCAUCACUCAUCUGGACACCUCUGAUGUCUAUGGCCCCCAUACUAAUGAAAUCCUCAUUGGAAAGGCAUUGAAGGGGGUGGAAAGGGAGAAAGUUCAAAUUGCAACGAAAUUUGCGGCAAGAAUGUUGCCAAGCGGAGAACAUGUAGCAUGUGGCCAUCCAGACUAUGUGAGGGAAGCUUGUGAGGCCAGUUUGAAGAGGCUAGAUGUUGAUUAUAUUGAUCUGUAUUAUGUUCAUCGGAUUGACACAACGAUUCCUGUUGAAAUCACGGUUGGAGCUCUGAAGCAACUGGUUGAAGAGGGUAAAGUAAGACACAUAGGUCUAUCUGAGGCCUCUCCAGAAACAAUCAGGAGGGCUCAUGCUGUUCAUCCCAUAACAGCUGUGCAACUAGAAUGGUCCUUGUGGACGAGAGAUGCUGAGGAAGUGGUUAUUCCCACAUGCAGGGAACUAGGCAUAGGAAUUGUAUCAUUCAGUCCUCUGGGCAGAGGAUUCUUUGCAUCUGGUACAAAGUUGACGGAGAACUUGACUAGUAACGACUUCCGUAAGAGUUUCCCAAGGUUUCAGAAGGAGAAUGUUGAGCACAAUAACAAGCUGUUCGAGCAGGUUACUCAGUUGGCAACAAGAAAGGGUUGUACUCCAUCCCAAUUGGCCUUAGCAUGGGUUCAUCAUCAAGGGGAUGACGUCUGUCCCAUUCCUGGCACUACUAAGAUUGAGAACCUGGAGAGCAACAUCAAGGCCUUAUCGGUGAAGUUGACACCGGAAGAAAUGGCUGAGCUUGAAUCAAUUGCUUCAGCUAAUGCAGCAAAGGGUGACAGAUACCCACCUGCUAUGAUGGCACAUACUUGGAGAUUUGCAAAUACUCCGCCUCUGUCAUCUUGGAAAGCUACAUAGAAAGGUGUAAUGGCUCUUGGUAGCUGAUUCCUCUGUACUCUUGUUUUCUUUGAAGGUCUGUUACAUGGUUUACGUGAAGCAGCUCUGUUAUCUGUUUGUACUUUAUUAUUAUGGUUGGCAAUUAAACUUAGAACCCGAACCAGCUCGGACGAUUGUAUUGACAAGUAAAAUUACGAUUGAAGCUUCCUUUCCAGGAGUGAAACAGUAUUGGGUUAUGGUUCUAAUUCUC